GGCAAAAGGCACGCAGCAUACUUCUUCAUUCUUGAACCCUGGUGGUCUAUACUUCGUACUCUGUACAUUCCCCAAGCUUUCACAUACCAGCCUAUUCCCCUAUUCUUAAUCAAAAGAAAACAAGACAACACACGGACACACCACCACCAAAAAUGCAUUCAGCACUCACAUCAACAACAUUUCUCCUCGCAGCCCUGACCACCUCGGUCCUCGCCUCGCCCCAAUAUGGUGACGAUUCCAGCUCCUCCACAAUGUCCAUGGACAUGUCCUCGUCGACCAUGACUGCUUCCGGGUCCUCGGCGACCGGCGUGCACAGCGUCCAAGUCGGUCCCGGGCUCAGCUUCACGCCGGAUAGCGUCAAGGCCGCCGUCGGCGACUGGGUGGAAUUCACCUUCGGCUCGGGCCACUCGGUUGCGUCGAGCACCUUCGGCGCACCCUGCAUGCCCAUGGCCGACGGCUCCAGUGUCUACUCGGGCUUCCCGAAUGACGGCGACGUCUGGCGCAUCCAGAUCAACAGCACCGAUCCUCUCUGGCUGUACUGCUCCGCCACGGGCCACUGUGAAGGCGGCAUGGCUAUGGUCGUCAACCCUCCAUCAAGUGACAAGACCCUCGACGCGUACAAGUCGGCCGCCCAGAAUGCUCAGGGUUCUUCUCCUGCGACUGUGCAGGGUGGUGUCUUUGGCGCGGCCAGUGAUAGUACUUCCGGCUCUUCCAGUUCCGGUUCUGGUUCGUCCGAAACCGCCAGCUCGACGGGCUCAAGUGCCAGUGCAACUUCGUCUUCGGACUCGGGCAACGGCGCUGGGUCCAUUUCCGUCAAGAACGGUCUGAUGCUCGCUGGGGCGAUCGCUGCUGGUGUCGCUGCUAUCUUGUAAAUACUAGAAAUCUAGUACCUAUUCCUGUACUGCGAGGUGGAUUGAUAUACAGUAAGUAGUAUCAUGAAGCCAGUCUGAGACUGGCGGUAUGCAGCACGAUAGAUUUGGUCGCGAAUGAAUAUCAUUGUUG